CGUGUGCGGUGCGCAGGGCUGAGACUUCCUCGGGUUGGUCCCUCAGGCACGAGCGCUUCAGCAUCUUUGGGUGACAAUGGAGGGAAGCAUGGGGGGCGGCCGGCGCUCGGGGUCCGAUGGCCUCCGGUGGCCUUCGAAGACCAUGCCGGCCAUGGAGGAGCUGCAGAGCCGCUUGCAGGAGACCCUGGACGUACUGUCCCCGCAAGAGCUGCGCAGCUUCCGUCGCAUCCUCAAGACGGUGGACGAGGAGCCGCGCGUGAGCCCGCUGCAGCUGGAGCUGGAGGGCGGCAGCGCGUCGGGGCUGGCCAGCCUGCUCGCCAAGCACUACUACCUGACGGCCGCGCCGCGCGUCCUCGCCAAGGUGCUGCAGCAGCUGCGCCGCGCCGACCUGCUGGCCCGCUGGCAGAAUGCCGCCGCCGCCGCGGACGACUACGGCCCGGUGAUUCCAAGAAAGGUUCCCAAGAGAAGCUAUGAUUGUGUGGAUGGUGAAUUGGACCGUUAUGACCUGAGUGGCAGGCGGAAGGCCUUCCUCAUGUGUGUGAAGAGGAACAGGCCCGGGGCUCAGCACGACGUCAUGCUGAUGAAGGAAUGGCUUGGCCAGUGCCAGUUCGAACAUACAUCCUGCAUCGAUCCUGACAAAAUGGAGUUACUUGGAAAAAUAACAUCAUUUCGUGAUGGACUAAAUGAAAUUAAAGAUGAAAUUGGCUGCUGUCUUGUUACUCUGAUGUCCCAUGGAGAAAAUGGCUUUAUUAAAAUGAAAGAUGAUGAAAGAGUCAGCCUGGAAGACAUUUUUGAAAUGUUUAACAAUAAAAAUUGUCCAGCACUUCAAGAGAAACCAAAAAUCUUUAUAAUCCAGGCCUGCAGAGGAGAGAAAAGAGAUAGUGGUGUCGAAACGGAUGAUGAACCAAUGGACUCUGACGACAUAUCAGAGAAGAGGAGGCUGCCUACAUUCAGUGAUUAUUUCAUCAUCUAUCCCACCCAGGCAGACCAUGUCGCUUUACGGCAUCCCCGCACUGGCUCCGUGAUGAUCGAAGCAAUGGCUGAAGUCUUUAAACAGCAUGGAAAUAGGUGGCACAUUGCUGACUUUUUCACCAGAGUGAAUAACAGAGUGGUGCACACUGAAUUUCAUCUACGUGAGGAACCAAUAAAAGUAUCACUUGUAAUGGAAUCAACUUUAACUAAAUCGGUGUACUUUUGACAUCAGGAAGAUUUCGAAAAUGACUGCAUUAUAACAGACUGUAAAGAGCCGUGAGCGUUUGACCUCUAGUACGAAUGGUUAUCGUUUUGAAUUAUGACUGUCACCAGUACUUCUCCAGUUUGUUUUUUAUAUAUAUGUUACUUUUGUAAGGUUUAACUGUGCUUAUUUGAUACUUGUAAAUAAUUUGACUUUUUUUUUUUAAAAGAUCACUGUUUUCUGACAAAUGUUUUUCCUGAACUGUUACCCAAACAUGGAAGUCCAGGUCUCUGUGUACUGUUUUUAUCAUGUGCUUCUCUUGCCUAUUACACCCACCUUCUCCAUGCUCAAUCUAGUGCUGGUGGGAAGCCUCAUUUUCUGGGCUUAGUGGUCAAGACCUGCCCUUAUGUGGUCUUGUCAUCUUAUUUCCCCCACACUGUCUUCUGCAGCCAGACUGAUCCCCUUUUUGACCCCGUAAGCCGUUCUCAAGUGUGACCUGGGUGUCUCUGCCUGCACUUUGUGCCCUUGAUGCCUUCCACCAGUUCCCCUGCUUCCUUCCUGCUGCCUCAGACCUUUGAACUGCUGUUUUCUCUGCCUGGAACAUGGUUCCAUCCCAUGUAGGUGAGUCCUUUCCAUCCUUCAGAGUUUGGUUCAAACAUCAUUCGCACAGGAUAGCUUUCCAUAACCCCUCACGCUAGGUCAGCUCUUUCUAAGUGCUCAGAGACCCUAUGCUUUUCUUAUGUAGCAUUUAAAUGUGUCGUGGCUGGUUUUGUUUUUGUUGUUUUUUGUGUGUGUGAGGAAGAUUGACCCUGAGCUAAUGUCCGCUGCCAAUCUU